CAGUAGGGCGGAAUAGAAGCUAGCGCGGGACCCGCGUGAAAGGGGACCGGAGCAUGAAAGAUCAGACCUGUCGCCAAAGCAAGGUAUCCAUCUGUCCCCAAAACCUGACGUCUACGUCUGGACCCGGUUCCUGCCCUAUCCCCACGACCAGGAGCGUUGUGAGUGAGUGCCCAAAGACGAGCAGCGCCAGGUGCCAUGCGCACAGUAUCUGAAAGAGAGGAAGUAAAACUCGAAAGAAGUGAAAUUCCAAACGACAGAAGCAGAACUGAAGCCCUCUGGAGCUGCCAUCAACACCCCCACUCCGUGUACCCCAACCAAAAUGGCUGCUCUUGGACACACACUGCCCUUCUACACUGGCACCAAGCCAACCUUUCCAAUGGACACUACUCUGGCUGUCAUUAUCACCAUCUUCCUGACUGCACUGGUCACCUUCAUCAUUAUCCUGCCUGGCAUCCGUGGGAAGACGAGGCUGUUCUGGCUGCUUCGGGUGGUGACCAGCUUAUUCAUCGGGGCUGUGAUCCUGGCUGUGAACUUCAGUUCUGAGUGGUCUGUGGGCCAUGUCAACGCCAACACAACGUACAAAGCCUUCAGUCCCAAGUGGGUCAGUGUGGACGUGGGACUGCAGAUCGGGCUCGGCGGAGUCAACAUCACCCUCACAGGCACCCCAGUGCAGCAGCUGAAUGAAACCAUCAACUACAAUGAGGCAUUCGCAUGGCGCCUGGGCAGGAGCUAUGCAGAGGAGUACGUAAAGGCCCUGGAGAAGGGCCUUCCAGACCCAGUGCUAUACCUGGCUGAGAAGUUCACCCCUCGAAGCCCAUGUGGCCUGUACAACCAGUACCGCCUGGCAGGACACUAUGCCUCAGCCAUGCUGUGGGUGGCAUUCCUCUGCUGGCUGCUGGCCAAUGUGAUGUUGUCGAUGCCAGUGCUGGUUUAUGGUGGCCACAUGCUGUUGGCCACUGGUCUCUUCCAGCUGUUGGCCCUCUUCUUCUUCUCCAUGACCACAUCACUCAUAUCGCCCUGUCCCCUGCGCUUGGGCACUGCUGUGCUGCACACUCACCGUGGGCCUGCUUUCUGGAUCACGUUAGCCACAGGACUGCUGUGUAUUCUGCUUGGCCUGGUCAUGGCAGUGGCCCACAGGAUGCAGCCUCACAGACUGAAGGCUUUCUUCAACCAGAGUUCAGAGGACCCAGUGCUGGAGUGGGGCUCUGAAGAAGGGGGACUCUUGAGCCCCCACUACCAGUCCAUAGCUGAGAGUCCUGAGACCCAGGACAUUCCCAUGUCAGUGGCUUCCUCUGAGACAUGUUUUAAGGAGGAACACCCCAAAGAGUCCGACUGCUCCCUGUAACGCUCUUCUCCUGGUAGCCACUGAGUUUCCAGACGGCCUCCAGACAUUAUUGGAGCCCCACAAAACCUGCAGAACUGCGCAGGAAGUGGUUUCAGUUGUAUCAUGUUCAGUUGUAAUAUGUAUCCAACUUGUUGAUGUAACAGAAUAAUAGACACAGCCUACUAAUUCAAAAAAUAAAUGAACAAAAGU